AUGAUUUAUGAUUUCAGAUCACUAUUUAAUUAAUUCAUUAACUAAAUAAUGUUGCAAGAAUCCAAAUAAAACAGAGUGUGUACUCCAACCUAAAGUGCAAUUCAAGAAUAACUUCAAUACGUUACUUGUGGAGCUGAGAGUACAUUUUGUAUCACAAUCCACAAGAAAGUGUUUAUGUGGGGAUAGGGGAUUCAGAUCCCCAAACAAUUGGAACUCCAGGAUAUUGAGUAGAUAGCAGCUUCAAAGGAGCAUUGGUUUGCAUGGUCAGACACUCAGGUUUUUGGAUGUGGUUCAAACAAAUAAGGGAAAUUGGGCAUGAAUAACUCAGUGAAUACUCCCACCUUGUUUGACAUUUUCAGUGAAGCCUCGCAAUAUGGAUGGCAAUUGUAAAAGAUAGCUGUGGGAUUGGAUCACAGUGUAGCAUUAAUUGAAGUUGAGGAGGAAAACAAGAUUUUCGUUUGGGGUUCCAAUGCUUAUUAGCAAUUGGGUUUCGAUGCCUCAGAAUAAUUUGUUGCUAUUCCUCACCAAUUAGAUUCGGACAAUCUCCCUCGAAUUGUUGAUAUCUAUGCAUAGCAUAAUUACACAAUGGCCAUAGACGAAGAAGGUCGUCUCUUCUCAUGGGGUAGCAAUGAAUUUGGUCGUCUGGGAUAGAAUGCAUUUGCCAAGUGUAUGAAAUUGCCAUCUCCCAUAACUUCACUUGGCAAUCUCAAAAUAGCUAAACUGGCCUUGGGCACAUUCCAUGUAUUGGCAAUUGAUACUCAAGGCAAUCUCUAUUCCUGGGGACGUGGAUUGCAAGGGUAAUUGGGACAUGGCACUUCAAAUGAUUGCAGUAAACCAAAUCAAAUCAGUUCUUUGUCCUCCAUUCGAGAUGUGGCAUGUGGAGAAGCUCACAGCAUGGCAUUGCAAAACAAUGGUUCAGUGUAUGUCUUUGGAUCUGGUCAAUUUGGCUAAUUGGGAUUGGGAGAUUACAAACAACAAGACGCUCCAUAGAUGUUGCAGAUCCAUGGAGAGAUGAUAGCUUGUGGGAGACACCACUCGGCUGUGCUUACUAAGAAUGGGGCUUUGUUUAUGUUCGGGAACAAUGAGUCUAGUCAGUUGGGAUUGGAAUGCGGAAAGAGUGGGGCCUAUUCGACUCCCUUGCCCAAAUAAAGUCCGAUGAAUACCAAUCAAAUCUUUGAGCUGACUGAUGAAUUCAUGAAUAAGAUUGAGGCCAGCAGGAGUGAGGAUCUUGAACAAUUAUUGGUCGAGUAUCAGUAGAAUACGUCGUAGAUUCCGAAUACUCAAACUACUAUUUUCAUCAAGGAUCUGAUGGAGAGAGUGAUUGCCCUGCUGCAGAAGAAAUGA